GGGUGAUAUCGAUAUUGGAAGGAGAGGGACCAGCAGCGCAAAGGUGAGCUUUUUCUUCAGAAUCUACCAUUCGUCCUCGUCAACUCUCGUGCUCACCUCAUCCGUCCUUCCGCAAAUCCAUACUAAAUCUUCUAAUCCAGAGCGGGGUGUUGGCACAGAUCAGGCGGCCGCCAUGGCGGAUCAGUUCGCGGAUUCGGCGAACAAUGUUGUCAUUGAGGAGGUGAACAAGGGCCUGAACCCAGGAAUGGUGGUCCUGCUUGUAGUUGCAAGCUUCCUGCUGCUCUUCUUUGUUGGAAACUAUGUGCUGUAUGUGUAUGCACAGAAGACACUUCCGCCAAAGAAGAAGAAGCCGGUCUCGAAGAAGAAGCUCAAGAGGGAAAAGCUGAAGCAGGGGGUCUCUGCGCCAGGAGAGUAAACAGCCAUGCUGCUGAUCCUCCCGUCCUGAGCUCCUAUUUACAUGAUUAUUAAAGGAAAAAAAUAUACCAGCUGGAGCCGCAGUGUUGGAAGUGACUUUGUUCUGUAGAUGCUUUGUGUUUAAUGGUACAUUUGUAUUGGACACCUUGUUUCAGCAACUGAUGAAUCUUAGCCUAAACCGAGCUACUCUGCUGUUCCUUAUUGCUGCAAGUUCUUCAAAUUUUGGUUAUGGUGAA